CCGAGUCCCGACACCAAAACCGAGCUCGCGGUCGUCCCCUUCCCCUGUUCCCCGUGGGGCUAGGGUUUCCUCGGCUUCGCUCGCAGUCAAGAUGCCCCGCUAUGAUGACCGAUACGGCGGGAACACAAGGCUGUACGUGGGUCGCCUCUCCUCUCGUACGAGGACAGAGGACCUUGAAGACAUUUUCAGCAGAUAUGGGAGAGUGCGCUAUGUGGAUUUGAAGCAUGAAUUUGCAUUUGUUGAGUUUAGUGAUCCCCGGGAUGCUGAUGAUGCAAGGUACAACCUUGAUGGUCGAGAGUUUGAUGGAAGCCGCAUAAUUGUUGAGUUUGCUAAAGGGGUUCCACGUGGCACAGGAGGAUCCCGUGACCGUGAAUAUAUGGGCAGAGGACCACCUCCAGGUUCUGGCCGCUGCUUUAACUGUGGUAUUGAUGGGCACUGGGCUCGUGACUGCAAAGCUGGUGACUGGAAAAACAGGUGCUACCGCUGUGGAGAUAGGGGCCACAUAGAAAGAGACUGUCGGAAUAGUCCUAAAAAUCUCAGGCGUGGAAGAAGUUAUUCAAGAUCCCCAUCCCCUCGUCGUGGAAGGAGCCGUGAUAGGAGUUACAGCAGGAGCCGCAGUAGGAGCUACAGCCGCUCACGAUCUCCAAGGAGGGAUAGCCGUGGCGAAAGGCGAUCAAUGAGCCCUCGGGACAGCCACAGCCCAAGGAGGAGCCCUCGUGACAGUCACAGCCCUAGGAGAAACCCUCGUGACAGCCGCAGCCCAAGGAGGAGCCCUUCACCAUCCAAGGGGAGGGACCGUAGCCCCAGCAGGAGCCCUGCGCCAAGGGAGCUCAAUGGAGAUCACAGCAUGAGCCCAAGGAGAGCGGACAGCCGUAGCCCAGCAGACCAUGAACGCCGUGACAUCAGUCCAGCGGCCAAUGGUCGUAGCCCAAGCCCAGGGGACUACAAAGAAAACGGCAACCAACGCCCUUCGCCCAGAGGAAGUGCAUCCCCCUGAAUCUGUUUUUGGGAUUGGAUUUUUUCCUGUGUUCAUGAACCACCUCAAACAUGUUUACAAUUGAGUCUGAUUGCAACUUUUUUGGUGUUUCUGUAUUAGAUAGACUACACCAUCUGUCAGUCGAAACUUUAAAGUGCACAUGAAUCAUUUUGAUUUCCCUCAUUUCUAUGGAAAAAAUGUUGUGCAAA